GAAAAGGGCAAGCAAACUUAUUUUGCCUCACACCCCAAUGUUGUAGAGCAUAAUAGCUGUAAUUAAUUGGCAAGUCUUGAAGCAAAAAUCAUAAAAAGCCUUAAAAAAAGAAGAAGAAGAAGAAGAAGAUGGAAACAUCAAUAAAGAGGAGGAAAUGUACAGAGGAGAAAGGAAACAUUGCAACUAGUGAGUUUGAUAAGUUGACUGCUGAUCUUAUAACCUCAAUUUUUGUUAGAUGCCCAGUGAAGACAUUAUCCACAUUAAGGUGUGUAUCGAAGUCAUGGAAUGACCUUAUUAUUAGUCCUCCUUUCUAUUCUCACCACCUGAAACAAUCAAUGGAAAAUGCCCCCCAACUUCUUGUUAUGGAUCGCUACUUAUUAGGGGCAACAAAGUGUAGGCUACGAUUUGUUUCAGUAGGCACGGAAGUAGAGGAGGGAGAGAGCAAUGAAUUAUACAAUGACAUAUUCCCUCCUCUCUUUUGGUGCUCUUGGCUUGUAUGCUAUGGUUUGGUUUGCAUUUCAGCAGGAGAUCGUCGUAUUUUUUUGUGUAAUCCUGCCAUGCAACAAGUGUGUCAAUUGCCAAAAUGUUCACGUACUGCUUUACCACUUAGAAGUGAGCAUUUUGGGUUUGGAUAUCUACAUUCAAAGAAUGAAUACAAAGUGGUGCAUUUUCUCUAUGGGCGUCCUGCAUCUCGUCGUAGUAGGUAUCCGGGACUUGCACAACUAAGAUGCGAGGUGUUUACGAUAAAUGGGGUUGGUGGCAUUUCUAAUAGUAGAUGGAAAGAAAUUGCUGAGAUGCCUCCAUAUCAUCCGUACUUGACAGGGUUGUUAGUAAAUGAAUGUAUGUAUUGGCUGGCUGGAGUACGUCUUGGUGCCAAACCUAAUAGAAUUUUUUCGUUUGACUUUGAAAAUGAGAAAUUUCUCACUAUAUCUCAGCCAUCGUCUUUUAAGACUCUUUCUAACCUGAAAAUGUUGGAUCUGAAAGGGAUGCUUUGCUUGGUAGACAAAGAUCACUUUCACAAGAGUUCAAUUCUAGACCUGUGGAUACUCAAGGAUAAAAUCAGUUGUAUUUGGGUGAAGGAGUAUAGCAUCAAUUUGGUAAACUUUAGGUCCGAGAAAAUUAUGUCUACCUUCGGGACAUGUAAUGAAGAGAUAAUUUUUACACUUCAGGAUGAGGUCGUGUUCUACGACUUGAAAAGAAACUGCUUUAGAAGAGUGAGAAGAGUUCCAAGAUUUGAUUUUGGACUUCAGAUAUAUGACUUUGGAAUUUACCGUGAAACCUUGUUUUCUUUAGGAAGCACAUAGGUCCAUCCUUCCCUCUUUAAGGAUUUAUCGCUUUUAUGUUACUGGGAUAAACGACUCUUGUUCCUUGUGUUGGAAGAUGUUAAACCCUAUCUUAUUUCAUAUGAAGCACAUCCUUGGUGAGCAUUGUAAAAAGGGUUAAUGAUAUUUUUGAUGAUCGAAAAAUGUAAUGAUGAUUUGUAACUCUUUAUUUGCUAUUUAUUUGGGUUGAACUUACUAGUUGAA